CGCUAACAGCACCCAUGCAGUGGCGAAAACUUACCAGGUUGAAGUCUUCGCCGGGCGGACAGUCGCGCGCUCGGAGGAUGCUCUGCUGCGGCCGCAGGAAGGAGAACGGCCGCGCGGCGCCGGACCUGACGGCGUCGCCGGGUCGCGCACCGCCCGGUCCGCCGCAGCCGCCGCGCGCCAACCACGCACCACCCUGCGUGCUGCAGCCCGACUUUAGAAAGGUCUCGGGGGUUAGCAAUGAGAUAUUCAGGCAGAUUGAGAUGGUUGAGAAUGACCACGACGCGACCACGGCCGCGGCGCUCGAGGUUGCGCGCGGUGAAAUGAUCGUUCGAAUACUGGAAAUACGACAAGUUGGCCGGAACAAUAUUGAAGCCGCCAAGAAAUUCUUCGCGUUACAGGAUGCCCGCCACAUAGUCCAACUAGUGGAAAUCGUGAAGCGACCAGGCCAAACGCUGGGCCUAUACAUUCGGGAGGGCGACGGCGGCACGCGUACUGACGGCGUGUUCAUCUCACGGAUAGCUCUGGAGUCUGCCGUGUACAACAGCGGCUGCCUCAAGGUUGGAGACGAGAUCCUGGCGGUGAAUCUCGUCGAUGUGCGGCGGAUGUCGCUCGAUGACGUGGUUAUUAUCAUGUCGAUACCGAGGCGGUUGCUGCUCUGUACGAGGCAGAGGAAAGGUAAAUCAGGGCCAGGCUCACCGUCCCUUCCUCGUUCGGAACACAAGCCACCGCCAGUGGUCGUGCUCAAGCGGGACUGCCGGGACGAUGACGACAGAGACCGGGACCGAGAUCGGGAUCGAGUCGACGGACUUUAUUCACAGUCUUACAGUCACGGUACACUGCGCUCAGCAGUGGGUCCGGGCGGUGGCGUGAGGCCCGUAGGCGACGGCCGAGAGGAACGCAGUAGACUGCAACUGGGCGCGCUCUCGCCCGACUCAAACGCAUUGGAUUUGUACUACAACUCACGACCGCCUUCUGACCACUCGACAUGGAGCUAUCGCCCACCACCACCGGUAAUCACGGAACAGCCUAAGUCAGCAGCAACUCAUUUUGUGCCGUACGAGCGAUCAUAUCCAAAUACAUUAGAAAGUCUUGCUGAGAAGGUGCAUUCGUUCUAUCCGUCUGAUAGUGGAAGUUCGCGAUUUAAUCCACGAGUUCCACGAUCUGGUUCAGAACAGCAGUUACCAAGAGCUGAAACUCACUCUGAUUUUGGUCGGCAUUCCUUGCUAAGGUCUAGCUUAAAGGCUUCUGCCGCUACUGGUGCUUCAAGUUUAUCAAGAUAUAAUCAAAGAUAUGGAGUCGGAAUGGGAGCAUCAGGAUUACCAGGCAGUGGCAUGACCGGUAGUGGUUUAACUAGCUCCGGUUUCGGAGGCCCUGGGCUUCCGUCUGGUCUAUCCACCACUGGUCUUAGUGGGUUAACCGGUUCAAGCCUAGUAGGAUCUGGCCUGACGAGUUCAGGUCUUGGAGGAGGCUUGACAGGAUCUGGUCUCGGUACCCUUGGAGGUACUUACGGGACGACUGGUUUAGGACUACCGUCGUAUAGUACGAAGUUCGGAACGAGCAGGAGGAACAGAAGUUUAGACUAUUCGUCGGACACGGAGGCUACCGCGCCCACUAGAACGCCAUAUUACUCUGGAUUGAGUGGGUAUAGAAGCAGCACGCUGGGAAGGGAUAUUAGUUCGAAGUUUAACUCAUUACCAAGGGACGUCAGGAAUACGGGCCAGCGGUUAGGGCUAUCGAGGCGUGCAGGAAGUAUUCUACAAGAUGAACCGGAACCAUUGUCUUCACGUUUAGAUCUACGUUCUUCCAGAGGUUUACCAUCUUCGCCGUCAGUGUUCACGUCGGACGAGUACCGCGCGUGGCUGUCUCGCGCGCCCUCCACCAGCGCGUUGUACGAGACGCUGCGCCCGCGCCUGCCCACGCACUACUCCGCGGAGAACAUUCACGACGCACUCAAGAAUAUGGAAAGCGGCAGCCGUUUCGGGUCUUCCCUCGGUUUAGCGAAUCGGCGCGUAGAGCGGCCGCGGCACCUGCCUGCUCGCUCGCUGUCUUCUCAGCAGCUCGGACCGACGGCCGGCGGGUCUCCAUCGGCGCGACGCGUGAGGCAGUUACUGGAACUGGGCUCGAGGUUCAACUGCCCGAACCCCAGCCCAGUGCCGACGCCUGGUUCAAGACAUCACCGCCAUCUAGAUAUAAAUCCCAAUGAGUUCCUAAAAUACAAAGUGGAGAAGCCAGGUUCAGGCGGGCUGUCGGCCUCCAUGACCGGCCUGUCCCGCCUGUCGGGCGGCGUGUCGGGCAUGCUGUGGGUGCACCUGCUGGCUGGCCGGAACCUGCGGCCGGCGCCCACGGGCUCUCGCCCGGCUCGCCGCCGUCGGGCCGCUGGCGCCCGCGCAGCCGCCGUGGCGCCCAGGGACCUGUAUUGCGUGCUUGAGUGUGAUCGAGUUCAUAAAGCGAGGACUGUGGUCCGUACAGGCGAGCUUCAGUUUGACUGGGACGAGUCCUUCGAGCUAGAGCUAGUGGACAACAGACAGUUGGACGUGCUGGUGUACUCGUGGGACCCGCAGCAUCGGCACAAGCUAUGCUACCGCGGUGCUGUCACUCUGCCUGAUUUGUUGGCUAGGUCGCCUAAUCAUCAGCUGGCUAUUAAGAUGGAGCCCCGCGGUACGCUAUACGUGCGCGUCCGUCACACGGAGCCGCACGAGCUGUUCCGAAGACGGCCGGCCGCGCCACGCCUCUCGCCGCCACCGUUGUUCGGGGCUGAGCUCGACGCGGUGGUGGCACGGGAAGUGCGACCUGCGCAUGCGCCGCCAGUGCCUCUUAUCGUGAGACGUUGCGUUGAGGAGAUUGAGCGGAGAGGAUUGGAUAUUAUAGGCCUAUAUCGAUUAUGCGGGUCAGCGAACAAGAAGCGCAUUCUCCGUGAGUCGUUCGAGAGGAACGCGCGCGGAGUAGAGUUGGCACCAGACUCGGUGCCCGACAUCAACGUCAUCACGGGCUUGCUCAAGGACUACCUUCGGGAGCUGCCGCAGCCGCUGUUCAGUCGGUGUUUGUACCAGAUGACGCUUGAUGCACUGGGAGUAUGUCUUCCGGAUGACCGAGAAGGCAACGCCCGUCUCAUGGCUUCGAUAGUAGAAUGCCUGCCCCGCGCCGCGCGCGCCACCCUGGUCUUCCUACUAGACCACUUGGCGCUGGUUGUGGCUGCUCAAGACCGCAACAAGAUGUCGCCACAACAUUUAGCGGUGGCCUUAGCGCCCCCGCUAAUGCUCCACUCUCAACCGCCUACGGACCUCGACUAUCAAAGACCGAUCCAUGUGCUUCAGUGUCUACUCCAGAUAUGGCCGGCGCCUAAACGUUCAGUUCGGCGCGGCGAGCCAGCAACCGGGCUGCGUGGAAACAGAGUCAGUGCGUCGCAAGCGGCCUCACUCAUCCUCCCCCAAGGCCGAGUUCCGCCCUCAGUCAGUCCAUAUCGGCCUCAAGUGGCAGCAUCAGCAGCAUCUCCGCCGCCAGCUCUCUCGGCUCGGCCCGCGCCCGACCGCUCGCCGCCCGCACAUGUUCUCUCAUCAGUCAGGGCCGGCCAAUAUCGUCCGCAGUCGCCUCUCCGCGGGCCUCUGCCCGCUCCGCCUCGCUCCCGUCAGGUGACAGUCUCCUCUCCCGGUUCGCCCAGCAGUAGCUCCGGCAGCCACAGCCCGGCGGACACAAUCAAACACGGGGGCUCCGUGUCCUCGAUCCUACGGCAGCCCGACCGAGCCGCCUCUCCGAGAGCCUCCCCGAGGAACUCGCCUCGAGCCUCUCCGCGGGACUCCCCUCGGACGAGCACGCCCAGAGAUGGCACUCCUAGAGACAGUACUCCGCGGGACCUGACGCCUGGGCGCGAGGCGGGCUCGCGGGACUCGCCGCGGUUCGCCAUCCCGGGCACGUCGGCGGGGCUGGCCGUGACGCUGAACUCGGGCGCGGGCGGCGGCGCGCUGAGCCCGCGCUACUGCAGCGCCACCAACCCGUUCCUGCAGCAGUACGACGCGGAGGAGGAGGCGGAGGCGUGGCGCGCCACCGACAUCUUCUCCCCUCCCUCAUCCACGCACACAUAGUGCUCAUAGCGAAUUGAGAUUUUCUAGUCAAUUUUUUUAUCGAAUCGAAAGAGUGCUACGAUUCUGCUGUAUAUUAUGUUGUUUAUCGAGCGUGGUGCGCGUUCGUAAUGUUUGUUAUAUAUAGAGCGAGUUACGAUGUAUAUUAUUGUGAGAAUGUACACUGACGCGCGAGGCACCCGCCUCGCCGGCCGCCGACGCUCCGCCCCGUAGCCUCUAUAGUGUUUAUCGUAUUGUAAUGUACAUUGUAUAUAAUUAUAUACGUAUAUGCAGGUACGCUCCAGUUUUGUACCCUUCGGUCGGAUCUGCGGCGGGCGGCCCGAGGCGCUACACACAUCAUCCCACAUAUCAGACGCUUGUGCGCGCUUUCGGCGCAGGCUCUAAACAUUCCUGAUGAACUUAGGUUCAAACUACAUUAAUAAUAAUACUGUCCGAGGCGUCGACAGAACGCACAAGCCAGUAGCUCGAGUAGGGAGAGAGUAUCAUAGAUCAGACGUACGGACUGUCUUGAGACUGAGACCAUAUCAGAGUAGUUAGGGGCUGCGAGCCACACGCGGGGUCCCCUCGGAGAAUGAGCGAUCCACUUAUACUAUAAACUUUGAAAUUUUGCUAUAUUCAGUUACCCGAUGCAGAGUUUAAUCAUAAUAAAGCCAAACAUUAAAAUUAAUAAUUAUCAACUAAAAUAUUGACAAGUAACAAUAACAUUUUUAAUAUAAAUAGGGUUAAGAAACAUUUAAACAAAUCGCCUUUUCUGCGAGGGAAUGGUAUACAUUAGGUCGAGUUCCGGUCGCAAUCUCAAGAUCAGAGGAGCUAUGUUCAAAUUCCGAAGUCAGAUUCAUAAUCUUGAAAAUAAUUAGGUCAAUCUAGAAUAAUCUAGAAACGGUUUCCAGUUAUUAUCAAAUCGGUGUUUCGGUAUUUGAAAAUAGAGUCUCAGUUCAAUUAUAUUACUGGAGCGUCUGCUAGACAUAUAAGAGUGGGAGAAAUCGACCAAUGACUGCAUUGAUUCAGUAAUCAUCACUGCCAUGAUUGGUCCAUUUUUGAUAGAAAACAUAAUAUUGUAUACACUUGUUUAUAUGUCUGUCGGAAGCUAUAUGGUUACCAGACACUUUUGAGCAACACUUCAAGACAAAAUUUUGUUGUUGAUAACUGUUUUAUAAACCAUUUGCACAAAUAACACGACUGAUAUGGGACACAAAAAAGUUUUGAUACUUGAUUUUUUACCUGCCCCUCGUUUUUAAUGAUACGUUACUUUGGAACCUCGCUUAUAAUAAUAAUGUAGCUCUUACAUAUUCGUCCACGAAUUUCAAUCACUAAGGAUGGGGUUUCAUAAUAAACUAUAUAAGAAUACAGUGAAUAGCUUUUUAUACAGAACGCCUAUCUAUAUGUGGGAUUAAUUAUUCUUAGAGCCUUAUUAUAUUGAACUGAGUCAAUCGAUAUCAAUUAUAGUUAUACCAAGUUAAUUGCCAGUGAUUUUAAUAGCCCCGUCAGUGCAGGGGUUAAGUAAACGUUAUAUUUUCAAAGAAAAUUGUCCUUUAAACUAACACUUGCACCGGCAGGGCUAUCGAAAACAUUGUCAACUUAGCUUAGUGUAACUCUAGUUUGGAAUAACAGAAAAUCAAUUCAUAUUAAUUAUUAUCAUUGAUUGAUGUUUUAAUUAACCUACUCAUAAUGAGUAUUUAAUGUACCAUCGUACCUCAUCCUUAAAAUUCUGACGUGAAUAAUCAGGGUUUCUUGGUGAUAGUUUUCGAGAAAGAUUGUAGAACUAGCAUCCAAUGCUUAAGGGAAACGAUUCAAUUGAUUUGCAUUUAAAUCACUGCCUACUAGCAGUGCCUAGUCGCUUACAGACUAUAUAAUCGGCCAAUAAUAUUUAUAAGGGGAUGUCCGAGGUUAUGUAUGCAGAGGUGAUCGUUUGUAGAUGAUGUUUAUCAGUGGCGGCUGGUGAAAAUUUCUGCUAGGCAACACUGAGUAAAAAGAAACCUACUUUUACAUUAGGUACUUUACUAGUAAUCAAUUUUAGGCAAGCCUGUGGGAAUCGGCUUGUAUGGAUCAGCCGCUGCUGAUGUCUAUAUACCUUGUUUUGAAAGAGAAGGAGGAAUAUCUUUAUGUACUUAUAAGAAGUGCACAUAAUUAUAAAACUAUAAAUAGGUGGCGCUGCCAACCCCUCGUGGGCAAAUUUCAAAUCGCUGACAGCGUACUUCACUCCGUCAAUUUCAUGUCAAUCACUUGGUGGUCCCGUAACGCCAUCGGAGAGAUUACUAGGUAACUAUAAUUGAGAACCGAUUACUGGACACUUUUUAGACAGUUCUACUGUGACAGGUUUUCCACCUUCUUUUUCUACACUCCAUAGUUUUGAAUAAAAAAAAAUCAAACUAUCUGUCAUUGUCCUGUCAUAGCUUUCACCUGUUUAUACAUAACCUCAAAGAUAAUGAAGUCAGACAGUAUUUAAAGUUCCUGGGGCUUCGUUAUGAAAGGUUAAUAUGAGAUUCGUGCACGGAAUAAACUACUACAAUAAUAUUUAAUAUGGUACGAGUAAUAUACCAAUGUUUAUCUAUCUCUGUAUACUGUAGACAUGAUUGUAAAUAACCUUUAUGCCGUCAUAUAUACUCUUUGUACGUCGGUACAUUUUGUUGGAUAUUGGACGUGUUAUUGCAUUGUAUAUGAUAUGACAGACAUUAAGUAUAUUUCUGAAACAGUAUAAAUGUUUAAUAAGUCAAAAGCUUUCGGUACGUCGAGGUGAAUCGGAUCUAACGGACAAUCUUCUGUUCUUUAGAAGGCUCUGAUGAGCCGUGGCAAAAGGCCGUGAUAACUCUAGGAAGAAGAAGCAAAUUCUUAUGCCAAAAGUAACACAAGUCUCUUUGUAUACGGUGAAAUUCCCGAUUCUCCAUUUGAUCCGAUUCACCUCUGUAUAGCCUAACUAAUAUUUUCUUGAUAUCUCGGUCGGUAACACCGUUUCUAACUCACCAUCAUCCUCCUUGCGUUAUCCCGGCUUUUGCCACGGCUCAUGGGAGCCUGGGGUCCGCUUUGACAAGUAAUCUCAAGAUUUGGCAGAGACACUAGUUUUACUAAAGCGACUGC